AUGCAACAGAAUCAACAAGAUGCUCAAGGACAGAUUCAGCAGAUGCAGCAGGGCCAGGUGUUGAUGCAACAGCAGAUCGAGGCUGCCAUUCAACAGAGUCAUCAGGAAGUGUUGAAUUUGUCGCAAGCGUUACAAGGUAUGCACCAGCAGAUGCAACAACAGACAGCGGCGCAGGUGCUCUCGAAGCCAAGCACCUAUGAUCCUGUCAAGAGUCCUGGGUAUGCAGCAUUCAACGAUUGGAGUGACCAUGUGAUCACCUGCGUUGAUGCUCAGAUUCCAGGGACUUGGGAGUUGCUUGAACACAUCAAGGACACACAACCAGCAGCACAAGUUUCGAUUGAUGAUUUGUCAUUGCAUUUUCCCAACAUUGACAGGGCAACAUUGGAGUAUUUAAAUUCCACUUUGUAUGCGGUGUUGAUCACGUUUACAGUUGGUGAGGCUCGCAACAUUGUCAGGCAGGCAAGACGGCCAAAUGGGUAUGAGGCUUGGAAGUUGUUACAAAGGCGCUUCAAUCCAGUCACCAUUGGUCGGCAGAGAGCAGGGUUGACUACGAUUGCAAACCCACCAGCAAAUGUUCCUUUGGCACAGUUGGCAGGAGAGAUUGUGUCGUGGGAGACAAAGAUUACCGAGUUUGAAGCAAGGCCGCACGCAGAGAAGAUCAGUGAGGCGAUCAAGAUGGCCGCAGUAGUUUCCAUGUGUCCCAAUCGACUGAGGGAACAUCUUCAGUUGAAUGCACAGAGGUAUACAACCUACAUGGAGCUGCGGGAGGAGAUUUUCACUUACAUUGAGCACACUCAGUCGUUGACCGCCACCAGCAUGGACAUUGGUUCGUUGCAGUCGAAAGGCAGCCGACGGGGAGCAGUGCCCCGGCGGAUCCGCAGGCGUAAGGCCCGCUAUGAGUUGCAUGCGUUGGAUGAGGAGCCGCAAGAGUUGAGAGAUUCAGGUUCCCAUCUUGAAUUCGAUGAUGGUGUGCGCGAUCGCAGUGACCUAUAUCAAGGCCACACUAGAGUUCCCGAGUUGCCACUUCCGGAACACUAUGAGCAGUAUGAGCCGAGUGAAGGAGACUUGGACGUUGUGGCAUCUCAUGCAAGAGAUUUAGAAGAUGAGGUCCAGGAGGCUACUUCAAAGAGAUUGGCGCUCCGCGUUCCCAUUGGACCUACGGAGGAGGAGAAGCGUGAACAUAUGAUCAGCCACAUUCCAUACAGGAGCUGGUGUGCAGAUUGCAUCAGAGGCAAGGGUUUGGCUGGGGCGCAUCGCAAGCAGAGACUGGGCCAGGAUGCCAAAGAGCAACGGAGACCUUUGAUAGCCUUAGAUUUUGAAAAGGAACAGAGUUUGCCCAUUUGUCCAUGGUGGAAGAACAGACCGGAUGCUACCAAAGGUGAGUCGCAGAGCAAUGGACUCAUUGAGAGUUACAUUGGAAAGAUUGAGGUUGAGUUGCCGGCAUUGGACUUAGAGGCUGCGGAGGCGACGCAGGAGAAAGAGGUGAAAAGAAAGAAGAGUUACGAGCCCCGAGGCAUUUACAUCCUUCGGGACAUUGAACUUGAAGAGUAUGGAUACACUCCAGGUUGUGAUGGUUGUGAAGCAGCUAAACUUGGAUUGAGUCACAAACAACAUUCUUCAGCUUGCAAACAAAGGAUCAGGGAAGCCAUGUUGCAGACUGAGGAGGGUCGUGACAAAGUGGAGCGCAUGGAGCGUCGCGCAGAGCGUUUCAUGGUCAAGUUCAAGGAGCAACAAAAUGAGGCAGAAGCUCGAAAGAGGAAACUGUCUAUGGAUGAACCACCAGAGGCAAAAGUUCCAAAAGGGGCUGACGGUGCACUGGUGGAGGAAGUGUCAGGUCAGGAGGGCAUUCCUGACAUAGAGUUCAUCGAGGAGCCGCCUGGAACAGCAGUUGGCUUACUUGAAGAUGAAGGCAUGGGAGAAGAGCAUGGCGUGGAGGAGCAAGCUCAGGGCUUGAAUCAGAGAUUUGCAGAUACAUGGGGCAACGUGCAGAAGCUGGCGGAGGCAAAGGAGCAUCUAGCAUUUUGCUGUGAGCUCUACCGGAAGCAGAUGAGCAGGAAGAAAUAUUUCUUGCGUGAACAUCCUUUUCUUGCAACCUCUUGGAAUGAAGAUCCGAUGCACCGGCUGCUUGAAGAGCUUGACACAGUUUACAAGGUUCGUGGGGACAUGUGUCAGUUUGGUAUGCAGGCAGAGGAUGAGCAUGGGACUGGGGCUGUGAAGAAACCAUCCGGCUUCACGACGAAUUCAGAAUGUAUUGCAGAGCAGUUGAAUGUUCUUUGCAAGAAUGUGAACAAUGAACUCAAGGUUUGGAAGCGAGUUGGUUUCAAUGCAAACAAGUUGCAAUCAUUGAAGAAAGGUGGACCUGCGUGGAAACAAGUUGUGAGAAGAGUGACAAUGGAUCUCAACACAAAUGAAGUGCUUCAAGACCUUCAGGAUUUUCAGCAAGCCACUCGUUGGCAGUUGCAUGGACAGCCACAUGACAUUGCUACAACUUUCUACUACAAGGAUGACAACAGUCAGUGGCAUCGGCGUGUGCAACUCAUUGGUGGCAAAGCAAAGCAGGCAGAGAUCUAUCCAGAUGGCCUCUUGCAACGUAUCUUGAAAGGAUUGAAGCGACAGAUGCAGAAGAAGUCACCGCUCAGUUCCUUAGUGUUUGGACCCGUGAACGAAGAACCAUAUUUUGACCAGACAGUGUUGGACCAAGAGGACUGGACAACAUUCAUUGAUGAAGUUUCGGGCAAAGCACUUGAAACGAGCAAGGUGAGGGCAGCUCGUGCGGAAGAGAUAGACUAUGCCACUCGCUACAAUGUCUGGAGAUUGGUACCAACACAAGAGGCAUGGGAUGUGACUGGGGCUGGACCCAUCGGAUCCCGUUGGAUUGAUAUAAACAAAGGCGACGCUGAACAUCCAAACUAUCGAAGCAGGUUGGUCAUUCAAGAGGUGAGACACAGUGGCGUUGAAGCAAUUUUUGCAGCUACACCACCCUUGGAAUCGAUCAGAGUUUUGUUGUCACUUCAACGUUCAGGCAAGCAAGGUUACAAAGUGAUGUUUACAGACAUUAGAAGAGCACAUUGGACUGCCAAGAUUGAGAGAACAGUCUAUGUCCGACUUCCACCCGAAGCUGCAGAAGAAGGCUACUGUGGUCGUUUGAACAAGGCCAUGUAUGGGUGCAGAGACGCAGCUCGACAGUGGGAGAUUGAAAUCACAGACUUCUUCACAAGUCAAGGCUUUACCCCAGGGUUGGGGAGUCCAGUGUUGUAUUUUCACAGUGUUCGCGACAUCAAGAUUUCAGUUCAUGGGGACGACGUUACUUCAUUGGGUCGCAAGGAUGAUCUUCUUUGGUUAGAAGCAAUUGUUGACAAGAUAUGA